CAUCCAGCACAUCCCCAAGGGAAACAGCUUCAGAGCGGCAAAGAUGGCCUGCAACCUGAUCAGCUCAGGCGUGGCGGCCAUUUUCGGCCCAAACGACCCGAUGAUUGGCGCGCACAUCCAGUCGCUGUCUGACUCGCUGGACAUCCCGCACAUCGAGAGCCGGCUGGACCUGGAGCCGGACGCCAAGGACUGCUCGGUGAACCUGCACCCGGACCCGCACAUCACGGGCAAGUCCAUGCGGGACCUGGUCGACUACCUCAACUGGACGCGCAUCGCCGUCCUCUACCAGGACGACAUCUCCCUGAUCAGCCUGCAGGAGCUGGUGCGUCCGUUUCCGCCGAAGAACGUGCAGUACCUGUUCCGGAGGGCGGAGAACUUCACGGCCACUCUGAUGGACAUCAAGAGCCGGGGCAUCUACAGCAUGAUCAUCGACGUGCGGCCAGAGAACCUCACCGCUUUUCUCAGAGCCAUUCUUCAAAUCCAGAUGAAUGACUACAAGUAUCAUUAUCAUUUUGCAACCUACGACAUCGAAGCCUACAACCUGGAAGAUUUCCAGUACAACUUCGUGAACAUCACGGCGUACAGGAUGGUGGAUUCUGACAACCAGACUGUGCGCCACAUCAUGAAGGACAUGGAGAAAUUCCAGCCAUUCGGACAGAACAUCCUCAACCGAACCAACGUCAUAAUCACGGAACCCGCGCUCAUGUUCGACGCUGUGUACGCCUUUGCCCACGGCCUCAACGACCUUCAACGAAGCACGACCUUGAGACCCGCCAACGUCUCCUGCGAGGACGAGGUUUCGUGGACCGAGGGCACGAGCUUGUUCAACCUCAUCAGCAUGGUAGAUUUCUACGGUCUCACAGGAAAUAUACGGUUCAACGAGGGAAACCGCACAAGCCUGAAACUAGAUUUGCUCAAGCUCCGGCAAAACUUUUUAGAAAAAGUAGGAGAAUGGUCCACUAACGAUGGCCUAAAUAUAACCAACCACAAUGCCUUUCAUGAUUUUGGUACCUCUAAUAUUACGCUUCGAGUGACCACAAUUGAGUCACGGCCGUACGUGAUGAUGAAGGACAACAAAAACCUGACGGGAAACGACCGCUUCGACGGAUUCUGCAUCGACCUCCUGCGCACUAUCGCCGAUCUGCUGGGCUUCAACUACGAGCUCUACCUGGUGCCGGACAAGAAGUUCGGCGUGGAAAAUACCAGCACGGGCGAAUGGAACGGCAUGGUGCGGGAGAUCAUCGACAAGAACGCCGAUCUGGCCGUGGCGCCCAUGACCAUCAACUACGCCCGCGAGUCCGUCAUCGACUUCACCAAACCCUUCAUGAACCUCGGCAUAGGCAUCCUCUUCAUGCUACCUUCGGGCAUGCCUGUCAAGCUCUUCUCCUUCAUGAGUCCCCUGGACGUGGACAUAUGGCUCUACGUGCUAGCCGCCUACAUCCUAGUCUCCUUCACAAUGUUUAUCGUGGCCAGGUUCAGCCCAUACGAGUGGCGCAACCCGCACCCUUGCGUUCGCGAGACCGGAGUCAUGGAGAACCAGUUCAGUCUCGGGAACAGCUUCUGGUUCACGAUCGUGACGCUGAUGCACCAAGGCUGCGAUCUCAACCCGAAGGCCAUGUCCACGCGCAUCGUAGGCACCAUCUGGUGGUUCUUCACGCUCAUCCUCAUCUCUUCAUACACGGCCAACUUGGCGGCCUUUCUCACCGUCGAGCGCAUGAUCACGCCGAUUGAAAGCGUCGAGGACCUCGCCGAGCAGAGCAAGAUCGCCUACGGCACCCUGGACUCGGGCUCCACCAUGACCUUCUUCAGGGAUUCCAAAAUCGAGACGUACCAGAAGAUGUGGCGGUAUAUGGAGAACCGUCCCACCGUGUUCGUAAGCACGUACGAGGACGGCGUGGCCCGGGUGUUGCAAGGAAACUACGCCUUCCUGAUGGAAUCCACCAUGCUAGAUUUUAUGGUGCAAAGAGACUGCAACCUAACUCAAGUUGGUGGGCUCCUCGAUUCGAAAGGCUACGGAAUUGCAACACCUAUGGGGUCACCGUGGAGGGACAAGAUCUCCCUGGCCAUUCUGGACCUACAGGAGAAAGGCGUCAUUCAAAUGCUGUACAACAAGUGGUGGAAGAGCCCCGGUCUGACCUGCAACCGGGACGACAAGAAUAAAGAGGGCAAGGCCAACGCCCUGGGACUCGCCAACAUCGGAGGUGUCUUCGUCGUACUGCUCUGUGGCCUCGCCGUCGCCAUUGUUACUGCCGUCAUGGAGUUCUGCAUAAACUCUCGGAAGCACGCACAGACAGACCGGAAAACCGAUGAUAACUUGGUUUUCUGUUCCACGCAGCAAUCUCUCUGCUCGGAGAUGGCGGAAGAGCUGCGGUUCGCCGUCCGCUGCCGGGCGUCUCGCCAGCGACCCGCCCUGCGGCGGCAGUGCUCCAAGUGUAUUCCGGGGACCACGUACGUCCCCAGCGCCAUGGACCUCCCGCAGGAGAACGGCAUCAUGCAAAUGCUAGAGAUGCGCAAGUCACCGCUUCACUUCGAGUGCGGCGGCACCGACUCCUAGCAAAGGGCCCCGGAGGCUGGUAGCCUGGCCUCCUCUUCGAACUAUGACGUGCCCCAGCUGUGCUACCUGGGCACGCGACCUUCGACGAGCCUCCACUCUGCGUCCACGUCCACCAUUCAGCAGGACAUCAUGCGCUGCCCCAUUCACCACGGGCCGAGGCCGUCGCCUUCUUGAGGACUCGGACCACACUCCCUCUGCUGGUUGCCACUGCCUCCAAGCCAUCCUCGCCCGCGGACCCUUGCGCCCACGUCGGGCGUGUGACAGCGUUGACAAUGAACA